AUGUUGGACCAUUUCUAUGCUCCUGGUGGCGACUACGAUUAUGAAAGAUACCUUCAGCGGUUGGCCUGGACCCACCCAAAUCCUCCUCGAGACAUCUAUCUUUCUGACAGCAAAUGGACAUUGGGCCACUUCUACCUUCCUCGCGUUAUUAUCCCCGAUGUCAAGUUGGAGGACAACUGCAUAAGACAGACAAACUUUAGAGUUAUGUGGGCCACAUUUACGCCGGAGUACCUCGCCUUUCUCUUUGGUCCACCUGCGCAAGCAUUUAUGGCGAGAGAUUCGACAUGUAUCCGAAAACAGUCAAUGAGUUUGAACGAGAAAGAACCGGUUCUAAGGCUCCGUGUUCCCGAAGAAAUGCCCAUAACCUUUGUUGGCUCGCGCAGAAAGGCAGCACUUGCCAUCAUUGCACUGGGACUAUUUAGCCAGAACUACGGCGAGAUAGCAAGUUGUCAAUUGUGCUACACGUAG